GCCUCCAGUCGACGACAAGAAAUAAUGCGAGACAGUUUUCUAACCAAAAACCCGUUACGAAAACUCAUCCGCUCCAAAACUUGGCUGAACGCGCGAAAAUCAUAGCCCGCGUCGAGAAUUAAAAAGUUAAACUGUCAAAUUUGCCGCGCGCACACGAUUAAAGUUUUAAAUUAAGUGUUGAUGAACAUAAAUGAUUUAUGAACGAAAGUUGUUGUUAAUGUCGUAAUUUGUGAAGUUUUUCAAUCAUGGAUGGCAGAGUGGUGUUGCUUUUUGCUUUCUGCACAUGGCAUGCGAGAGCACAGGAGUACUUUAGGAUGGGUUCAAACAGCAACGCAGCAGAGGCCCAGCAGUUCCUAAGAGAAUACGACCGAGAAGCGUCAGGGAUGUGCUACAGAGUAACGAUAUCCCAAUGGAAGUUCGUCACCAACAUAACGGAGAUGAACCGGCGGCGUAUGCUCGAAGAGUUGGCAAUCAGCUCCAAGUUCGAACGGCUUUCGUGGAGGAAGGCUGCAGCCUUCGAUGGCAGUCGACUGCCAGAUGCUCAGGGCAGGCGGCAGUUGAGCAAGAUAGUGCAGAGUAGCAGAGCUGCGCUACCAGAUGAUAAGUUUGCUGAGAUUCAACAGUUAAUCGCAGAGAUGAAGGAAAUAUACAACUCGGCCAAGAUCUGUCCUUACGGCCAGAAACCUUAUGACCCCCACGUGCCAAGGAUACAGUACCCAAGCACAGGAUACCAGGAUCAAAUGACAUCCUCCUACACCCAACCGUACUACGAAGAGACCCCCUCCUACUGCGACAUGCAGCUAGACCCUGAGAUAUCCCGGAUCCUGGCGCAUUCCCGGAUCGAAUCGGAACUGCUGUACGUGUGGAGGAGCUUCCGGGACAAAACCGGCCCGAAGCUGAAGAACCGGUUCAUGAGAUACGUGCAGUUGGCUAACCAGGCUGCGAUAGCCACAGGAUACAGAGACGCCGGUGAGCAGAUGAGAGCAGCAUACGACGAUCCAUCUUUCAGAGCCAGCGUAGAAGAAACAUACAAUCAGGUAGCGCCACUGUACAAGCAGCUGUUCACAUACGUGCGCAGACGACUGGUGCAGAGAUACGGGGAGACCACAGUACGCUCUGAUGGGCCCAUACCUUCACAUCUACUAGGCAACAUGUGGGCGCAAAAUUGGAAGUCCAUCAUGGACCUGGUGAUGCCGUUUCCACAAUCUCCCAAUAUUGAUGUAACAGCUGAGAUGCUGAGACAGGGCUUCACUCCACUAAGGAUGUUCCAAAUGGCCGAAGAGUUCUACACCUCGAUGGGACUCAAACCCGCACCCCCUGAAUUCUGGCGUGGAUCGAUGCUGGUGCGACCACCGCAAAGAAGUGUACAGUGCACCGCUAGUGCUUGGGACUUUUGUAACAGGAUAGAUUAUCGUAUCAAACAAUGUACGGAGGUAACCAUGCAAGACCUGAUCUCGACGCACCACGAGAUGGCGCACAUUCAAUACUACCUUCAGUACGCCGACCAGCCGCAAUUAUUCAGAGAUGGCGCUAAUCCUGCUUUCCACGAGGCGGUGGCCAACGCAGCCACGCUCUCCGUGUACAACUUGCCUCACUUACAGCGCGUCGGACUGUACCAGAAUAAGUCCCACGACCCCUAUGAAGUGAGCAUGAACUUCCUAAUGACAAUGGCUUUAGAAAAAGUUGCGUAUCUACCCUUCGCAUUUAUGGUGGACCAGUGGCGCUGGUCGGUGUUCGAAGAUGGUGUGCAAAAUAUGAAUUCAAGAUGGUGGCAAAUGAAACUACGAUACCAGGGCGUGGUUCCUCCUAUAUCGAGAUCAGAAGCCGAUUUUGACCCUGGAUCUAAAUACCACAUCAUUUCAGACCAAGAAUACAUCAAAUACUUCCUAGCCACGAUCCUAGAGUUCCAGAUAUUCGAGCAACUCUGCGUGGCCGCCGGCCAUUCAGGGCAUUUACACGAGUGUGACGUGUAUAGGAGCCGGGAGGCCGGCCGGGUACUCAGUGAGCUGAUGCAGCCUGGAGCCUCGAAGCCAACUUCAGAUGUCAUCAGAGCCAUGACUAGAGGGAAGACCAACAGGAUAUCACCUGAGUCUUUAGUCAAGUACUUCCGACCUCUAGAGCUGUGGCUGCGGGUCCAAAACCGGGACGAGCCUCUCAUUGGCUGGAGCUCCAACUAUCACGACGUCGCGCUCUUCGCGCCGCUCCGAGACGCCACAGAACGCACCGGGGCGUCGAAUGUGUUAAUGUUGCUCGUGGUUAUAUUAUGUUUCUUUAAAUAAAAUC